AUGAAGAAGAUGCUCGCCGCCGCCGUCUCCCGCGUGUUGGGAGGAGGGGCCCAGAAGCCCGCUAGCAGAGUGCUGGUGGCGUCCUGUAACUAUUCAAAUGAUGCCACAUUUGAAAUUAAGAAAUGUGAUCUUCAUCGGUUGGAAGAGGGUCCGCCUGUCACAGCAGUGCUCACCCGGGAGGAUGGGCUCCAGUACUACAGGAUGAUGCAGACUGUUCGCCGAAUGGAAUUGAAGGCAGAUCAGCUGUAUAAACAGAAAUUUAUUCGUGGUUUCUGCCACUUGUGUGAUGGUCAGGAAGCUUGUUAUGUGGGCCUUAAGGCCGGGGCAAAUCCCUCCGAUCACGCGAUCACAGCCUAUCGGGCUCACGGCUUAUGCUACGCUUACGGACUUUCUGUGCAAUCAAUUCUUGCAGAGCUGACUGGACGAAGAGGAGGUUGUGCUAAAGGAAAAGGAGGAUCGAUGCAUAUGUACGGCAGGAACUUCUAUGGGGGCAACGGCAUUGUUGGUGCUCAGGGUCAGAUAUUUGAAGCUUAUAAUAUGGCAGCUUUGUGGAAAUUACCUUGUAUUUUCAUCUGUGAGAAUAAUCGCUAUGGAAUGGGAACAGCUAUUGAGAGAGCAUCAGCCAGCACUGACUACUACAAGAGAGUCAAUUUUAUCCCUGGACUAAGGGUAGAUGGAAUGGAUGUCCUAUGUGUUCGAGAGGCAACUAAGUUUGCAGCUGACUACUGUAGAUCUGGAAAGGGACCCAUAGUGAUGGAGCUGCAGACAUACCGUUAUCAUGGGCAUAGUAUGAGUGAUCCUGGAAUCAGUUAUCGUACCAGAGAGGAAAUUCAGAACAUAAGAAGUAAGAGUGAUCCCAUUAUGCUUCUCAAAGAUAAAAUGUUGAACAACAAUCUUUCCAGUAUUGAAGAAUUGAAAGAAAUUGAUGUUGGAGUGAGGAAAGAAAUUGAUGAUGCAGCCCAGUUUGCUACAACUGAUCCAGAGCCACCACUGGAAGAAUUAGGCCAUCAUGUCUACAACAAUAAUCUACCUUUUGAAGUUCGUGGUACAAAUCAGUGGAUCAACUUUAAGUCCAUCAGUUAA